UACUGCCACUGGUCUCUCCCACGAAGACGAUCUGGCUUCUCUGGAGGCCUCGGAGACCAAACCAGAAUUCCUGCUCAGCACAGACAUGACGCAAAAACCUGAGGCAGGAGGUGCCUUGUAUCUGCCCGAAGCGACUGAGCGGAUCCGGCAAGCUGUGCUGUGUGAAGCCUCCAGAGACUAUCAGGGGGCCUUUCAUGGCUACCGCAGUGGAGUUGACUUGCUCCUUCAGGGUCUUCAUGGCGAUCCAAAUCUAGCCCGCAGGGAAGCAGUGAAGAAGAAGACAGCCGAAUACCUUCAGAGGGCCGAAGAAAUCUUCCAGCAACAUUUGAAGCAUCUGGAACUCUGACUUCCAAUCCACCAUGAGUUGCUUGUAUUUCCUGCUGCCAACAGACCCGGGUUUCAGGCUGACCGCUUUCCCAAGGCCGUUUUUGUCGGGGGCUUGGAAUUCCUACAUAAAACAAAGUUGUAAAUUUUUUCUUCCAAAGGACUGUAGCUGAAAUCUUAGCUUUUGUGGUGCAUUUGGGCCCUUUUCUGUCAUCUGCCCUCAAGCCCGGAUCUGGAACGUUAAACCUGGGCAAAAAAUAACCGUAGGGCUUGCUCUUCCCUUUGGGGAUGGCUUAGAGAGGGGGUCAAGGAUGGCCAAAAGGAGUUGUCUGAAU